AUGCAGUCGGGGGGGAAUAAGUACACUCCUCAGUGCCACCAGGCUUCCGCCACACCUUCAUAUCGUCCUGAUCUGCUUCCUCCGCCAGUAUCUUCCGACUAUGCAGGAAACAACAACAUCGAUAACACCUCGAUGCCAAUGGCUGAUGUGUCAAAUUACCUGCCCACGCCCACUACCAGCAACGUGGACAUGAGGUACCCAUCGACAAGUUCAGAAACGGAAGCAUUCAGAUACGCUUCUCCAAUAGAGGAUUUGUAUGGAUGGGAUGCGGAACUCGAAAGGCGUGAAGCUUCACCAAGCCGGGACUCGAUAAGCUCCACCGAAGGUCUUGAUGCCUUUGCUCUCAGCUACAGGCGAGCUAAUGGUAGCAAGCACAGCUUGCUGCAGCGAGUCUUCCGCGUUGGCUCUUCGUCAUCUGUGGGCAAGAUGGAGACAGCUGCCUGA